AUGAUACCCAAGAUAACCGACCAGCCGCAGUAUGUCAUUUUGCGUGAUGUGGAAAUGCAUCGGGUGGCGAUCGCAUUGGUACCUGGAAUGCUCUGCCUCAUCUUUUCCAUUGGGUUGCGGCUUGGAUGCUUUCGCGACCGAAGCAAUCUUUAUGGAGUCGGCUCUGAAGGCAGGCGGAGCGUUGCAGAUUCCGCCCGGCUGGCUCGGCUUAUCCGACACGGGCGAGAAGCGUUGCAGGUGGACUGGGAGGUGAGGGUGCGCAAGGCGAGCACCUUAUUUUCCUUGGCAUGGUUCUUCGCUUGGAUAGGGACUGUCCUGGACAAGGACCCCGUCGCCUAUGCACUCAGUGAGGUAGCUAUCGCGGAGCUGAUAAGCCCUUUCAUGCCCGAGAGCACAGUAUGGCCUCCAAUCAGAGCUCCGAGCCCGCCGCUGCCAAAUGCGAGCGCCGUUAUGCCGCUAGCGCCGUUCUGUGCGGUGGGCAGCAAACAUCGAGUGGAGUGUCAACGAUACAGGAUUUACCUGGUCUUUCAACGUUUUGCGGACGCCGGCCAUAGCCUGCAGCUCGCUGGCAACAUCACGCUUCCGUGGCCGCUCCAGAGCGUUCUCUAUGCACUGUGCCCCUUCUGUAUCCUGCUCGCCUUCCGACCGAUUGACCGCCGCAUCGUGCAGCUUGGCUGUCUGAUCAUUGCGGCCACUAGCGUUGCGGCCUCGGCCAUCUUGCUGCUGUACUCCUUGUACGUGAUCAGGCCCCUCUGCACAUUAAUCACGCGCAACAAUCCCAUCCCCUCCAGGCGGUUGCGCUUCUACUACGCCGUGACUAUCCACCCCUUGCUCGUCCUCCUCCCAGUCUGCACCGCAUGCCGGUUCGCGCAACUGCUCACCAUGCCAACCCGCUCAGCCAUUCGCGCCGCAUGGAAGUCGGUCCGUCUGAGCUUUUGCGCUGGAGCGGUUCUAAGCGUACUCGUGGUCCUUUGGGACGUGCUCAUUGUCGUUUGGGACCAAGAUUGGAUUUUGGACGACAACCUCAAGUAUCCUUUCCGCGUCCUCCUCCUCGUGCAUAUUCGGUUCGGCUUGGCCGUAGUGUUAGCAAGCUGCAUAGCAUUGGCGAUGUCCACAGCCAACCGUGGCCGUCUCUACCGAGCGCUCGAUGGCUGCGGCCUUCCGGUACGAAUGCGUGCGACCGUCGCUGUGGCCGCUUUGAUCAGCCACGGAGGGGGCAAGAAGCGAACAGAGGAAUCCGUGCGGCGCGCCGCGAGCCGUCUGCGCGCCCUGCCGUUUUCUAAGCUCAAGGAAGGGCAUUUGUGCUGCUCCCUGGCGACCGAGCAUGAGGCGGCGGAGCUCUGGCAGGCGACGCGGCCGGUAACGCUGGGCGAAGUUGACGCAUUUGUCAGCCACUCGUGGAGCGAUAAUGGCGUGCAAAAGUUCGUGCAGAGAGAAAAGCGCGAGCCGUUGCUGUGGCUCGAUAAGGCGUGCAUCGACCAGCAGGACGUGAAAGCCUCGCUAGUGGGGCUGCCAGUCUACGUAUUUGGCUGCCGGAAGCUCAUCAUCCUCGAAGGCAAUACCUACAGCAAGCGGCUGUGUAUUAUGGAGAUCUUUGUCUUCCUCACGAUGGGUCGCAAGCUGAAAGACAUCGUCGUGCUGCCCAUCAAGGAUUUGCCAGUCCUCCCCUGGAGCGAGCCGCUGCCGCGUAGGAGGGUGCCUCAAGCGGUGGCGCCAGCUACCCCGUCGCCCGUUGCUCGCUCUCCCUCGGGGUCUCCGAUGUGGAAGCUGGUCCGGCAUGGGUGGUGGGGCCCGACCCGAGCAGUGAACGAUGUGACUCGCAGCUUCAGUGUCCGCGAGGCGCGGUGCUACUCGCCCCACGACGCCGAACGCAUCCUGGCCGCGAUCGAGUCUGCUUAUGGCGAUCUGGAACCGUUUGACAAGGCGGUGCAAGAUCUCUUGGACGCUGCAGAGCCGCUGCCGCUCACCUCACCCGCGCCGCGAGAGGGUAGUCGGAGCUCCUUCCUCGAGAUGUUCAAAGGCUUGCCGGGGCGGUCGGCGGCUUCGCCGCGCGACGCGUCGUCACCAGCGGCGCGGGCGAGCCGGCUUGCGUAA